GCCCACUGCCAGACGUCUCUGUGAGAAGAUCAAAGAAAAGCCUCCAAACAUGAGUCACUCCACCAUCCGUACCUCCUACCGUCGCACCUUUGGUGGACCUGCCGUCAUGUCCUCCAUGUCUUCCAUGCCCACCUACUCACCUGUAUCUACCCGGUACCUCGGGCCAGCUUCAUCCAGUGUCUCUACCCGGUCUUACCGCGUCCGCUCCAGCGCCCCGCCGGUUCCUCGCCUGGCCUACGAGAAGGUGGACUUCUCCCUGGCUGACAGCAUCAACCAGGAGUUCCUGAGCAUGAGAAGCAACGAAAAGCAGGAGCUCCAGGAGCUCAACGACCGCUUUGCCAACUUCAUCGAGAGGGUGCGCUACCUGGAGCAGCAGAACGCCGCGCUUAACAACGAGCUCAACCAGUUUAAGGGCAAGCAGCAGCAGGGCCAGCCCAACCGUGCCAGCCAGAUGUGCCAGCAGGAGAUGCGGGAGCUCCGGCACCAGGUCGAGCUGGUCGGCAAGGAGCGGGACCAGAUGCAGGUGGAACGGGACAACAUGGCUGAAGAUCUGGCUUUGCUCAAGCAAAGGCUGGAUGAGGAGACUCAGAAGAGACAGGACGCUGAGAACCAAAUGGUCCUGUUCCGAAAGGAUGUUGACGACGCCACUCUGGUUCGUCUGGAGUUGGAGAGGAAGAUAGAAUCUCUGAUGGAUGAGAUUGAAUUCCUCAAGAAGCUCCACGACGAGGAGAUCCAGGAUGUGCAGGUGACCUACGAGACUCAGCAGAUGAAGAUGGAGGUCGAGGCCACGGUCCGUCCCGACCUGACUGCGGCUUUGAGAGACAUCAGGGCUCAGUAUGAAAACAUCGCCACCAAAAACAUGCAGGAGUCCGAGGAGUGGUACAAAUCCAAGUUCGCUGACCUGACUGACUCGGCUAAGCGUAACGCUGACGCCAUGAGGCAGGCUAAGCAAGAGGCCAAUGAGUUCAGGAGGCAAGUUCAAAGCGUCAACUGUGAUAUCGAUGCCCUCAAGAGCACGAACGAAGCUCUGUUGAGGCAGAUGAGGGAAAUGGAGGAUCAGUUUGGCGUUGAGGCCGGCAACUACCAGGACAACAUCGGCCGCCUGGAGGAGGAGAUCCGCCAUCUGAAGGACGAGAUGUCUCGUCACCUGAGGGAGUAUCAGGACCUGCUCAAUGUUAAGAUGGCUCUGGAUAUUGAGAUCGCCACCUACAGGAAGUUACUGGAAGGAGAAGAGAGCAGGAUUACCGUUCCCAUUAUGAACAUUUCCUCCAUGAGCAUACGCAGUACUGACUUUGAUGGACCUGCUGACCCUGGACAUGGCAAGAAGGUGGUGAUUAAAACCGUGGAGACCCGUGAUGGAGAGGUGGUGAAGGAGUCGAGGAAGGAAAGAGAAACCCCACGUGAUGCCAAAGAAUCUGACUGAGAUAAUGUUAAGGAGUGUUAACUUGUUCCAGUUCGAGAUCUGAAGAUUGAAGAAUGUACAGGCUGGAGCAUAAAAUUAUUCAAAUGAAAAAUAUAAAAAAAAAGUUUUCAACUCUUUAAGCCUAUCUGUCUUUCUGCUAUUUAAAUCUAAUGUUUUCUUUUGUUGUGACUCAAUACUGUGAUUGUAAAAGGGGUGCGUGCUUUAUAUGAUCAGCAAAUGUUAUGACACAAUGGUGCUACCAACACAGCCUAACCAGCCUUAACGAACAAAAACGUUAAUACUACAGACGCCUCAAAUCCACCUACAGUUACACAGUUUAAAUCAUCACUCAGCACUUGCCACUGUUAUAAAUGAUGAUUAUAAACCAAAUAAAUUCAACCAGUCACCUUUUAAAAACCAGCAGUGGCCUUUAUUCAUUUACAGCAAAAUCUCCUAUGAAAACCUCUAUGUUUUCUUCCUUGCAUGUAAAAUUGACACCUGUAGUGAACUAGUCACUUUAUCCGCAUUUACCAUUUACUCAUAGAUACACUCUGGCCCUUCUGAUCUAUAUCUUCACAUUACCCACAGUUAUAAUUUAACAUUUCUAAUUAUUAAAUGUAUACAAAAAUCAUUAAGGCUCUUGUUGGCUUUGCGUCAUGCUCUAUAUAAUUCUACAAUGGCCCUCAUAAUGUAAAGAUGAGAAUGUGAUUUGUGCAGCCAUACUGAGAAUGAACAGACGUGGGAUUAAAUAAAGCAAAGUGGAACAAACAA